AUGUCUCGUUCGGAUCGACUCUGGACUGACGUACAAGUCGACCUCUUCCACAUGAGGCUCAGUGACCGAAACUACAACUUCCUUCUCUUUGUCGAUGAGUGUUCGGGAUAUGCGAUUGUCCGUUUGGUAAGCUCCCACUCCGAACACAAGCACAUGAACGCCACCUCGGAACAGAUUUGCAACCUGAUAGAGGAAGCUUGGACUCAGUACUUUGGCUUCCCGGAGCGAAUCAAGCUGGAUGCUGAAGGAGCUCUUCGGGGCACCUUACUCCGAGAAUGGUGUGCUGAACGCGGUGUGGAACUUCUUCAUGCCCCAGCUGAACACCAUGAAUUUAUCAGUGAGGUUGAACGAACCAUUGGCACACUUCGGCGCAAGAUCGAGACCUUCCUGAAACAGCGACCGGAGAACCCUCUUCAAGCCGCUGUGGCCAUGGUCACGGCACAGAACUCGUUGUCGAGGACCCACGGAUUUUCCCCACUCCAAUGGGCCUUAGGUAGGGACUUUACUCCGGGGGGACAUCUUCGUGAAGGUCCUGGAGAAGUUCCAAGCUUGAUGAGUUCAGCCACCCCAGGGUCCCAGAUGCACGACAUCCACAACCUCCGCCUGGAAGCUGCAAAAGGGUUUCUCGAGGGGCGACAUCAUGACUUAGCGCUCCGAGCUGAACGUUCAAGGGCCACUACGUACCACCACUUCCUUCCUGGAGACCUCAUCUACUACCGUCGCUACAAGACUCCAGCUGACCUCCCAGCGAACUCUCUGACUGACCGUGCGAGAUUGUCAAUCUCUCGUUGGUAUGGACCUGCACGCGUUCUUGCCACAGAAACAAAAGGGGAAGCUGGAGAGAAGCGGCCCAGCUCACAAGUCUGGAUAAUCGCCCAAGGCCGACUCAAGAAGUGCCAGUACACUCAACUGCGCCAUGCCUCUGAGACUGAGCAACUGAUUGCCUCUGAGGCGAAGAGUCUUACUUUUCCGUGGACUAUGUCGAGCCUAACUUCGCUUCUUGGAAAAGGAGCGUAUGAAGAUCUCUCUCGAGAGGAGACAUGGUUUCCGGCGGAGGGUGAGUUGGAGGACUCGAGGCCCGAGGCCGGACCGUUGCAUGGACCGGGAUUCGAGUUGUCCGAUGAGGAGAUGCUACCUGACGAAGCACCAUCUGCGAAAAGACGGGCACCUGAGGUCAUCGAGGACGAGGAAAUGCUGCCCGACUUUGACGAGGAAAUCGACCUGGAGCGCCUCCUCAACGAUCCUGCGUAUGAUCCAAUGAGGACAUUACCUGAGCCACCUCACAUGCCUCCAAGCUUCCGAGACCAGCGAGCCCAACAUGAACGUGAUGAUCGUCCAUGGCAUGUUCGACGAGAAGACGCCGCCAUGUUCUCCACUGUUGAGAAUGAAUCUAAGAUCUUUGCCCUCACCAUUGACGCUCCCUCGGACUCUCAAGGUUGGCGAAAGAUGGUGAAAAGCCCUGAGAAGUUUGUCACCAAGGCGAUGGCAAAGGGAGUUGAGAUCAGCUGGGCCAAGCUGAAUGAUGUUCAGCGCCAAGCUAUGGCUGAGGCGAAAGGUUUGGAGAUUGGGCAGUGGGUUGAACACAAGGUGUGCAGGAAAUUUGCUGAGCGAAUGCCAGAUCAUCAGCUACUUCGAAUGAGAUGGGUGUUGACGUUCAAGGAGGCACCUCCCACUUCUGAGGGGAAGCCUCAAGUGAAGGCCAAGGCGAGGAUUGUGAUCCUCGGAUUCUCCGAUCCCGGACUACUGGAGGAUCAGACUGCCAGCCCAACGAUGACGAGGUUGACACGGCAGCUGAUUUUGAAUCAGGCGAUGAUCAGAAAGUGGACGGUGUUCUCAGCUGAUGUCAGGACAGCAUUCCUGCAGGCACGGCCUCCUGAUCGAGGACGACGACUUCUGGCCAAACCUCUCCCUGAGCUGGCCCAAGCGAUGAACCUCACGCCGGAAGAGUGCGACGAGCUCACUGGCUCGGCCUAUGGCCUUACGACCGCUCCGCGUGAGUGGUUUCAGGAUGUGGCUGGAACCAUCCAACGACUUGGAGGACGACAAUGCAAAACUGAUCCUUGUGCUUGGGUCAUUCUGAAUGCUGAGCACGAGGUUGUGGGCUACCUCUCCUCCCACGUCGACGAUUUUCUGGUCACGGGCAACCAGGAGGAUGGCACCUGGCUGAAAUUUGUGCAGGCCUUCAAGUCUGCAUAUAAAUGGUCACCAUGGCAGGACAGCGACUUCCUCCAUUGCGGACUACGGGUGAUCCAGCACGAGGACAAGUCCUUCACCUUGGACCACUCGACCUUCAGCUCCGACCUCAACCAGAUGCCUCCUGCAGACUCUCAGCAAACUCAGAUGAAUGAGAACCAGGAUGUUGCCUGCAUUGAACAUGUGAACAAGCUGGUGCGGGAAGUGCAUGGUCAGGGCAAAAUCAACGUUGUCUCCUGGAGAAGCUUUCGGCUACCUCGAGUUGCGAGAAUCUCUUUGUCGGCAGAAGCUCAAGCUCUGGGACAUUGCGAACAGGAGUUGAUGUUUGCACGACUGGAAUGGCAUGAACUCAACGGCGGCACCAUCGACGUGCGGAAUCCCGCCGACAGCACUUCCAAGGUUCCCGGGCACAUCAUUAUCGAUGCCAGGGGAGUUUAUGAUGCCUUAGAGAAAGCCGAUCCUGGAAUGGCUUCCUUCAACGUCAAGGACAAGUACACAUCUCUCGAGCUGAUGGGGAUCAACGAAAACCUCCGACAACAGAAGACGGCUUUGGCAUGGUGUGACAGCGACCACCAGCUCGCGGAUGGCUUGACGAAGGCGUCUCCUGGCGUGCCGGAAGCACGACACUUCGAGAAGCUCGCAGAGCUGCCGGAAAAGGAAAGC